AUGUCGCAGUUCGACAGACAAUAUGAGUGCGUCGUCUUCGGCGCCACUGGAUACACUGGCAAGUACACAGCCGAGCACAUCGCCAGUAGCCUGCCAACCGACUUCAAAUGGGCCGUCGCCGGCCGCUCUGAGCAAAAAUUGAAAGGCUUAGCUGAGGAGCUCAAAGCAAUCAAUCCGGAUCGCACACAACCAGCCAUUGAGAUUGCGCAAGUCAACAAGGCUGAUCUUAUCCAAUUGGCAAAGAAAACCAAAGUUUUGAUCUCGACAGUCGGACCAUAUCAUAAAUACGGCACGGCAGCGGUUGCAGCUUGUGCUGAGACGGGAACGCACUAUGUAGACUGUACCGGAGAGGUCCCAUGGGUGUACGAUAUGGUGAACAAGUACGGCGAUCUAGCUAAGAAGACUGGCGCGAUCAUUAUUCCUCAGAGCGGCAUCGAGAGCGCACCUCCAGACCUCAUCAGUUGGAUGCUUGCAGCAUAUCUACGCGAGACCCUGCAGGUUGGAACGAAAGAACUGGUAGUAUCACUACAUGAUCUGAAGGCCUCUGCCAGUGGUGGUACACUGUCCACAGUGCUCACCCUGUUCGACACGUACAGCCUCUUCCAAGUUCUCCGAGCACUUCGACCACACUCGCUGACUCCGAUUCCUGCGCCGAAGAAGACCGUCUCGCCAUCGUUGUGGGAAACCUUGACUGGACUCCGUACAGAGCCUGACCUGGGCCUUCUUACCGAUAGUAUCUCCGCUGCGACUGAUGCUCCCAUCGUUAACCGUUCUUGGGCAUUGUACAACAACGGAGAGUACUACGGACCCAAAUUCCAUUUCAGCGCUUAUAUGCGCGCGACUGACCAACUCCGCGGAUUUGCCAUGCACUUGGCUUUGGCCAUAGGUGCAGCGAUUCUCAUAUUAUCGCCAGUCCGAUGGCUGCUGAAGAAACUUGUCUAUCAGCCUGGAGACGGUCCAACAAAAGCUCAAGCGAGCCGCGAUCGCUGCGAAUGGCGUGCGAUUGCCCACGCAGACGUGUCCGACCCCAAUGAUCCCAAGCGUGCUUAUGGUCGCAUUCGAUGGGAGGGAAGCAUGUACUAUCUGACAGGUGUCCUGCUCGCCGAGGCUGCGUUCGUUAUUGCUCGCGAAAAGACGAAGGCGCACGAACUUGGUGGUGGAAUCUUGACCCCGGCGACAUUGGGCGCUCCGUUCCUUGAACGUCUGAACAAAGUCGGCUUCAAAUCAGAGGUGAAGAUGCUUCCUUGA